AUGGACGGAGCGGCGGACUUCGCAGGGGUUAGCGCCGGCGGCGGGAUUUCUGGGAGCAUAUGCCUCGGCCACCGGCUCUGCGGCGAUCCUCCGGCGGACCUGAGCGGCCGGGUGCAUCUUCUUCCCUGCGUCGUCAAGCACGACGGCCCCUGCCCGGUCUCCCAAUACUUCAAGCCCAGACCAACAGGUCAGACGAUCUGAACUCGAGAAGAGCUCUGGGUUCUAAUGGCCGUACUUUCCUCUCAAUGUCUCCCAACUUUCGGGACAUUUUCUAACCGUAUUCUGUGGGUUGAGAUCCCAGGCGCUGCAUCGGAUGGUCUGCGCGUGGAGGAGGCGUUCUUCAGAGGGAGGAAGUUGCAGGGUGCCAGCAUUCCUCUCCCGGAUGGGUAUUCUGGUAUUCCAAUCCUUUUUUGUGUUCUUCGCCAUUUAUCUCUCCGACUGGCUAAUUCCGUCCGGACAUGAGAACAAGGGAGUUGGGUUGUGCUGAGUAGCUGACGAUUCUUCUUCCCCUUCGCUGCCAACAGGUUUCAUUUUGAGCAAAGAAGGGAGACCGGGGGAGGAGGAGGAGGGGGGUUCAAGUUCUAACCUGUGGGUGUCGCGGGGACAGUUCAAGAACUUGACGUAUUGGAAUCACGAUUCUCUUCCCUCCUUGGACGAUCCGCUCCACCGCUGUUUCCACUGGUUUUCCGUCGCCGAUGCUGUGAGGAACACAUUCAAUGUCAUUAAUUUUUUUGAUUUAUGCCAAAAAUAUCUUUUAGUCGUAGAAUUGUGAUUCUCCGGCCCGGCCACGACAUAGUAUUCUGAAUUGGGUAGAGCAUGUAAAAAUUAAAGAGUUACAAUUUUCCUUUUAUUUUCCGCAGUGAAGACGAUUUUAAAAUGAUUGAGCUGAGGAAAUCGACUCCUAAUGAUGAAUCCGACGAAUAAUGUUCUUACAUCGUUUGUCCUUCUUCCUUUAAAAAUUUUAGCCUCACUCUUGAUUAUUAUUAUUAUUAUUUCUUAUCUUUUCAUGAUCUGCUCAUUGAUCGUCAGGUAUUUUUAUGGUUUGAAGUAUUAAGUUAGAUGGAUAAUAUUUUUGGUGCUUUUAUGUUCACCCUUCGAGAAGAAGAGCAGAUAACUCCAUCAUUAAAAAAUAUAUAUUUUUUAAAAAUGUUGUAUUCAUCUUAUGAUGCACAUGUCCAUGAGAAAUGUAAGGACGGCUGCCCAGUAAAGGAAAGAUCUUUGUCUGGUUUCAAGUAAAUAUUUUUCUAUGAAAUAAAAACAAAAAUAGCAAUAUUUCCUUUUUGAGGAGGGCUCAUGGUAAUUCCCAUUGGCCGUCAUGUUCUUGGCAUCCUGUGCACAGUAGCUCAAGAUGGGGUUGUCCAUCCAUGAUGAGAAAUAUUCGCUGCCAAAGUCAAUCCCUUGUUCAAUAUCUCCUGGAAUUUUUGAGAAGAUUUCCUUCGAUGGCUGAUUUAAUGUGCCAGAUGAGGCAAUCCAUCCAUGAUGACGGAUAUUCGCUGCCAAACUCAAUGCCUUUUUCAAUGUCUCCUGGAAUUUUUGAGAAAAAUUUUCUUCAGUCGUAACUUUCAUGUGCCAGAUGGGGUAGUCCAUCCAUGUGGGCGAAUAUUCACUGCCAAAGUCAAUUCCUUUCUCAAUAUCUCCUGGAAUCUUUGAGAAAAGUUUCCUUCAGUCGUACCUGUCAUGUGCCAGAUGGGGUAGUCCAUCCAUGUUGACGAAUAUUCACUGCCAAAGUCAAUGCCUUGCUCAAUAUUUUCUGGAAUUUUUGAUAAAUUUUUCCUUUAUGGUCGAUUUCAUGUGCCAGAUGGGGGUAGUCCAUCCAUGAUGAGAAAUAUUCACUGCCCAAGUCAACCCCUUGUUCAAUACCUCCUGGAAUUGCCUCAGAAAAAUUGCUUAUACACCACAUUAAAUUAAAUAUUUAGUGAAUUUUUGUGCUGACCACCAACACAUUUCCUUGUGAGAAAUUUAAAGACUGCGCCUGUUUUUUUUUUUUUUUCUUCAUGUGUUUGGAUUACUAUCAUUUUAUGACAACAUAAUUUCGUGGAUUGAAUGCAGCUCCACAAGCCCAUCAGAGCAGUGGACGUGGCUUCCUCCUCUUCAGUGUUUCCCAAGAAGACCUGA